UUUAAUGCUUUUUUUUUGUGCACGUUGGAAAAGUAAAUUUUUUUUUAUAUUGGUUUUAAAAAAAAAAAAAUAAUGUAAUACUUUAACAAUAUCUUUAACGAAAUACAACAUUAGUCAGUUUUUGUGAACACAGUUAAUUUAUUAUUGAAAACUAUUAUUUUGUGUAAAUUUAAAAUUUUAUUUUAAGAAUAUUGUAUAGCAGAAAAUGCAUUGAAUAAGUGUGAAAGCACUGGUUAUUUAGUUCAAAAGAUCACAUGUGUUUGUUGGGUUAUAUAUGUUUUUCAAAGCAUAUGGAGUUUAAAUGGAUUUCAAAGCAUAAUAUAAAUAUUUUGACAUGACCUUUUGUUUACCUUUACUUUAUUUACAUUUUCGUUCCUGUUCAAUUAUUCAUAACAUAAUAAUUAUGCACAUACUUCCACUACUGCAAUUUAUGUAUUUUAUAAGAUUCACUUAAAGUUAAACUUUCACUUAUAUUACAAUGUUUAACAUUACUGUGUCGUGUCCAGGGAAAGUGAUUCUUCACGGAGAGCACUCUGUGGUGUAUAAGAAACCCGCACUAGCUGCAGCUAUCGGAAUUCGUGCCAAAGCCUCUUUAGAAAUCAACGAGACCAAUGAAAUUAAUUUAAAUUAUAGUAACAUUGAUUUGAAUUUUACUUUGCAAUUAUGUGAAUUUCAGAAAUUUUACAGCGAAGUUUCAAAGGGCCAUAAUGUUACCGAAGAGGAAAUUUUAUAUGCAGUAAAAUGCUUUGUGGAAGUUCAUACCAAGGAUAGAAAGUUGGAGUUUCAAAAAGCAAAUUCAAUAGUUGCAACAUUUUUCUUAUUAACUUCUAUUUUAUUAGACAGAAAAUUGGAUGAACUCGAAUUCGGUUUUGAUAUAGAAAUAAAAUCCGACAUAAAAAUUGGAGCUGGUUUGGGAAGUUCUGCAUCUUUUGGUGUUUGCUUAUCUGCCUGUCUUCUAAAAUUUAUCAAAUUUUUAAGUAAAUCAGAAGAUUUGAUAGAUAUUCAUUCAGAAGCUAGUCGAUAUGCGUUUUUAUCGGAGAAAGUUAUGCAUGGUAAACCGUCUGGAGUUGACAACACGGUAUGUGCAUUUGGGAAUAUAAUUAAGUUUUCGCCUGGUGAAGGAACAGAAGUAAUAAAUAUGAAGGAAAAAUUACCCAUAUUACUAAUUGAUACCAAUGUGAGCCGUAGUACGGCGAAAUUGGUACAACAAGUAAGUGAAUUAAAACAAGAUUUGCCAAAUGUUAUUGAUCACAUUUUGUGCGCUAUGGGAGAAAUAGUUAAAGCAGCCGUUCCCAUUUAUGAAAACUAUACAGCCACAGAUUAUGAAAAAUUUAAUUGUAUUGAAAGAUUUGUUACAAUUAACAAUAACCUAUUGCGAGCAAUAGGGGUUUCACAUAAAAGUUUGGAAGAAAUUUUUGAAAUUGCAUCUCAACACGGCUUUAGUUGCAAAUUAACAGGCGCAGGUGGAGGUGGUUUUGCUAUAAUUGUUUUGCCACAUGAUUAUAAAGCAAGCGAAAAUUUUAAAUUACUUUGCCAAACAUUAAAUGAAAAACAGUAUGGUUAUAUAGAAACUGUUGUUGGUGAUAAUGGAAUAAAAUUUGAAAGUAAUAUUUAAAUUAUGUAGUAACUAUAAAUGUAUUGACUAGGAACUGAAGUUUUAGAAAAUAAAUUAAGAGUAUAAAAGAAAUAUAAGUAUAGUCACAUUUAAUAAUUAAUAAAAAAAAGUGUAGUUCAUAAAAGGUAAUAAUAAAUUAUCUACAAGAAUGUGUUUCAUAAAAAGUAAUAAAAUUAUCAAAAACCAUUUAUAAUUUAUUUUCUAGAUUUUUAUUAAAUUUAUUGGAGCAAUUAUUAGGAAUGUACAGGUAGAAUCGCCCUCAAACAAGGUAGAAAAAAGUUUAAGGGCGAUGGAAAUUAAAUGAGUUUUGCCAAUUUUA